AUGGGUGAGUCGUGGCUAGAUGUGUUUGCCUCAAAAACGACCGCAUAUCAUGAAAUUGAAAACAAUCACCCGACCAAUGGCUUGUCGGAUAGAGAAAAGAAGCGAGUUGCAGCACAAGUCAAAGAACUUCAACACAAAUUUCAGGACGAGUUUGUAAAACUGUUCUGCGCUGCUGGAUUAUUGCACAACUGUGAUCGUGCACGAUACCAGUCGGUACUUGAUCAUUUUGUUACUGCAUACGCUGUGGAACACGUGGAUUAUGCUCAGCAAGAUUUAUUCCCAAGAGAUGUGGAAACUGCAGCCAAGGCGCUACACAAUCAUCGGGUAAAGAAAACAACAACACCGAAACAUAACAACAACAACAACAACAACAACACAAAUGAUAAAACGAACACACCACAGAACGGUACUAACCUUGCACAGGAUUUCAAUAAGGGGAGUAAGCGUAAGUGUUUUUGCUGUGGUAAGACGGAUCAUGUUGCACCGCGAUGUGAACAUCGAUUCCUACCCAAGGAACAAUGGAAAGAUCCAACAAAGUGGAGAUCGUAUCCCAGGACCGAAACGGGACGCGACCAGGUGCACCUACAGACAGGCACCGAGGAGGGAUCUGUGCAGUCAAGUGUUACAGCUAACACCGCAGGUACACCCGCCAACAAUGAUGGCAGUAUUUCUCAGCAGAACCACAUGCAGACUGGUUCGGCUGACAGGAGUGGUGGACCACAGCCUUGA